AAUCUCUCUCUCUCUCUCUCUCUGAUUUAUUUCUUAUCUGAUUGUGAAGCUUGAAGAAAGCAGAGAAACAAGAAGAUAGAAAGUGCAGGGUGUGUGUGCGCCAUGGGAAGGGCCCAGUUCUCGACGCUGCUCUUUUCUCUCGCGAUUCUAACCUCUCUCCUCCCAACUCAUGUCAGAUCCGAUGCUUCAAACCACCGUUACAACGAAGGUGACCCUGUUCCUCUCUACGCCAACAAAGUCGGUCCCUUUCACAACCCUAGUGAAACUUACCGGUAUUUUGACCUGCCAUUCUGUUCAACAGGUCAUGAGAAAGAAAAGACUGAAGCACUUGGUGAGGUGUUGAAUGGAGACCGCCUUGUGAGUGCUCCUUAUGUUCUUGACUUCAAUAAGGAUAAGGACUUGAUCUCUGUCUGCAAGAAGAAGCUCACAAAGAAGGAUGUUGCUCGGUUCCGAGAAGCAGUUAAAAAAGAUUAUUACUUCCAAAUGUACUAUGAUGACUUGCCAAUCUGGGGAUUUAUUGGAACAAUUGACAAAGAAGGGAAAAAUGACCCCAGCGAGUAUAAGUAUUUCCUUUACAAGCACAUUCAGUUCGAUGUUCUAUACAACAAAGAUCGUGUGAUUGAAAUCAGUGCCCGCAUGGAUCCUCAUUCUGUUGUGGACCUUACUGAGGACAAGGAAGUUGAAACUGAGUUUCUUUAUUCUGCAAAAUGGAAGCCAACAGAUAUUCCUUUUGAGAGGAGAAUGGAAAAAUACUCUCAGUCUUCUUCUUUGCCACAUCACUUAGAGAUUCAUUGGUUCUCAAUCAUAAACUCCUGUGUAACAGUUCUUCUUCUGACUGGUUUUCUGGCCACCAUUCUCAUGCGUGUCUUAAAGAAUGAUUUUAUGAAAUAUGCACAAGAUGAGGAAGCUGCUGAUGAUCAAGAGGAGACAGGGUGGAAAUAUAUUCAUGGUGAUGUUUUCCGGUUUCCGAAGAAUAAAUCAUUGUUUGCAGCUGCCUUAGGUUCUGGUACUCAAUUGUUUGCUCUUACCAUUUUCAUUUUCACUCUUGCACUGGUUGGUGUAUUUUAUCCCUAUAACCGAGGAGCUUUAUUUACUGCACUGGUGGUCAUAUAUGCUCUCACAUCUGGCAUUGCUGGCUACACUGCUACUUCCUUCUAUAUUCAACUUGAAGGGACUAAUUGGGUUAGAAACUUACUGCUGACAGGAUGCCUCUUUUGUGGCCCUCUGUUCCUGAUGUUCUGUUUCCUUAACACAGUUGCAAUUGUUUAUAGCGCAACUGCUGCUCUCCCAUUUGGCACAAUUUUGGUGAUUGUCCUAAUAUGGACAUUGGUAACUUCACCAUUACUUGUCUUGGGCGGUAUUGCAGGGAAAAAUAGCAAAGCCGAGUUCCAAGCACCUGUCCGCACUACAAAAUAUCCCCGAGAGAUUCCUCCUCUGCCUUGGUACAGGAGUACCAUCCCCCAGAUGGCAAUGGCUGGAUUUCUACCAUUCAGUGCCAUCUACAUUGAGCUGUACUACAUUUUCGCUAGUGUUUGGGGCCACAGGAUUUAUACUAUUUACAGCAUACUUUUCAUUGUCUUCAUUAUUCUCUUGAUUGUCACUGCUUUCAUCACUGUGGCUUUGACAUACUUUCAACUUGCUGCUGAAGAUCAUGAAUGGUGGUGGAGGUCUUUUCUGUGUGGUGGAUCAACUGGUUUGUUCAUCUACGGCUACUGCUUGUACUACUACUAUGCACGAUCAGAUAUGUCUGGUUUCAUGCAAACUUCGUUCUUCUUUGGCUACAUGGCCUGCAUCUGCUAUGGCUUCUUCCUCAUGCUUGGCAGCGUAGGUUUUCGUGCCUCGCUUCUCUUUGUCCGCCAUAUAUACAGGUCCAUCAAGUGUGAGUAGUUAUGUGGCUGAACUUUAACUUUUUGGUAAGUUUUAUAGUAUUGCUGUUAGCUGAAGAGAGAAAAAAGUUCUAUGAUUUUUCUUCUUCUUCCUCCUCUUCUCUUUCAUAAGGUAGGUUAUAUAUAGUGUACCUGAGAGCAAAAGAAGCAUCGACUCCUUCCCUGAAAUGGUGUCAUGUUCCUCUUUGCUCCUUAACUGCAUAGGCUUGGCACUAUAGGAAUCUUUUUGUAACCAUGGGAUUUUAAUAUUUGAUUAAUUAACUGUAGUUCACUGAAAUUUAUUUGA